AUGAAGGCCUUCUUUGCCGUUACCGCUCUUACUGCUGGCUUCGCCAUUGCCACACCUACCGAGGAAGUUGUGAAGCGAGACUGUCCCGCACUCGUCGACCCUGCUCUCGCAGCCUCCGUCACUGCUCUCAAGAUCGCCCUCGGACCCUUUGCUCCUGCCAACCUCAAGGACGCUACAGACGCCGGUGCCGCAUGCUUCAAGGACAAGGUUGGAUGUGCUGCCGUUGUUCCUCCUCCUCCCACCACUCCUGGACAGUUGGACUGCGGUGGAACCAUUGGUGUCGCCCUUGGCAGUGCCGUUGCGGCGCUCAAGACCGGCCUUGGCCCUAUUGCUCCCCCUUCCUACCAGGAGGGCGUUGAUGCUGGCCUCACCUGCUUCAAGAACGCUCUUGGCUGCAAGCCCGCUGCUUAA